AUGCUUCCGGACGGGGCUAAGGGCCCUGGUCUCUUCUUUGUUCUUCCUUGCCUUGACAAGUUACGCAAAGUCGAUCUACGAACGGUGACCUUUGACGUCCCUCCACAGGAAGUUCUCACAAAAGACUCCGUAACGGUGGCUGUAGACGCCGUGGUUUAUUAUCGUAUCUACAAUCCAAUUGUAGCCGUUACAAAUGUGGAAGACGCCGAUAGGUCAACGCGUUUGCUGGCUGCAACAACAUUACGCAACGUACUUGGCACCAAGAGCCUCUCUGAAAUCCUCUCAGAACGGGAGGCAAUCUCUAAUUCUAUGCAGGUGCGUGACUCGUGA